GUGUAACCAAAACGGGAUACGAGCGGCUGGGUUCGAUCUAAAGACAUGAGUUGUUCAGGUGUCAGGCAAUCAUGGAAAGAUGCAUUGUUACGUGUUAUUGACUAGCAAGAUAGUUUUAAUAAUUUAGCUGUGAUUGCCGUGAUAGACAUCGUCUUAUGGCGGGUCUGUCGUAUUUAGUGUUCCGUUUUUCGGGGUCUGCUGGUCGGACGUAUGGAGUGUUUUCAAAAGGGUUGACGAGGACUUUGUUGAUAUUUUUUGAUUUGGCAUGGCGACUCCGAAUCAGAUUUCCGUAUCUCUAUCUUAUUGCGUCCAUGAUGUUCAACGUGCGAUUGCAGGUCCAUAUCGAAAUUCAUUGAGUUUACAUUGCUAUCAGUCAUACCAAGAGGGCCUUUGUGCACUAAUGUGAUGGUCAUCUUGCACUUCUCAAAGACUCAGCUGAAUCUAGCAAACUUACAAGGUGGAAAAGGGGGGCACUAAUGUCGAUACGCAGUGAGACACAUUGUCUCGCUCAGCCCUUGUCAUAGGAACCCAGUGCCUUUGUUGUGGAAGGUCACCAUGAUGCUAACAUCCAUAGCAGGGGCAGGAAUGCAUGUGAGUGUGUAUUGAUUCUCAGCCAUCUCACCACCUGAUGCUUUGGAGUCAGUUCUCCAGUCUGAAGAAAAAGGGAAAAAUGACUGGUGGAAUUUUAUACUGCGUUUUCUGUCAUAGACACAAGGACCUAAGAAUGGAAAUGAUGCAGACAAUGGAACAAACGUCUCUGGGACUUUCUCUCAUUCCUUCCUUAAUUGUCAGAGUGCUGUUAUGAAGAAAAUCAUCAGAAAGUAUAGUGACCUGCAAACACUUUUAGAAGGGGAAACUGGAAUUAUGUCAUACGUCCUAUCGUUUAAAAUGCAAUUCUUCCUCUAGCAUCUCACACAGAAUGACACAAACCAGAGCAUGCUUUUUGGUCACAGUGGUUGUAGCAACUUCGACUUCCUGAGUGUUAGGGAGGUGUAAAGAAGCAGCAGGGCAUUGUUACACUUGGGACAAUUCUAUAACGGGUUUCUGUCCAUCAAAAAGUCGGGGCAUGUAUGUUACAGUAUCAAGAUGUCUCAUCACAAUCUAAACAAUGACUGGUAUGUUUUGGUGUAAGAAAAAGGUGUGCAGACCUGGUCAUGCACUCAUACAGGCUCGCAUACACAUCACAGAAUUCUCUAUCUGUCAAGGUCUUGUGGAUCUAGAUUUUAUGGCGUUUCAAUAGUGAUACUUUCAAAAUCAUUUUUAUAAUUUUGUUGGAUAUGCUUUGAUUUGUAUGUCUGUUUUAUCUGUAAUGAAUUUGUAAAUUCUUAUAGUCUGUAUUAAAAAGGUAAAUAUUGUUGUAGGAUUUUACCUAAUUAAAUAAUGAAACAAUAAUUUAACUUUUGGCCUAGUAACUAUAAUUAAAGUACUUAAAAUAUUCAUAUACUGUUUAAACAGCGCUCCAAUUCUCCACUUUUUCAGGUUCACAAUUUUCAGGUUGCUAAAUGUUUUGUGAACUCAGUCCAGUUCACAUAUCUUUUACUUAGCAAUACAUAAUGGGAGGUAAUGCUAGGUAGUUGAUGGCAUGUCAUUAAUGCAGAUGAACUCCCAUGAGACUGUUUGAUUUUUAGGUCAAUCAUUAAUCCAUUUGACAGGAUUACAGUAUUGUAGCCCUCAGAGUAUUAUAUAGUUUUGGAUGGACAUUAUUGACGUCAAUGCAAAACACUGGGUACGCUAAAAUGUGUAUAUCUUAUACUUUCAAAGAUGAUUAAGAUUUUGAAUACAAAUAUGCAAAAAGUAGAGCCUCUGCUAAAUUGAGAAUGUCCAUAUUCCAUUGGUUGUCUUACACGAUGUGUUUAGACCAAACACAUUAAAUGAUUAUUCUGAGACAGAUAUUGGUGUGUAAGGUUUUUGCACAGUAAGUGUUUUUUCGAAAAGCAAACAAAUGUAAAGAUAUGCAGAUAGUUGACUUCAGUCGUGGACUCAUAUCUAGUCAUUUUAAAAGUACCAUCUUUGGCCACAAGAAGUCAGACCAUUUCUACCAAACGUUCAAUCACUCUCCUCCAUGAACAGCUGUCACAUUUUAUGAAGAUGAAAGAGCGAAUUAUGUCUAUUUGGGAAAAUCAUGAAUUUAUUUGUCUGAUGUUCACCGUUAUAGUGAAUAGGAAUUUAUAUGGUAAUCAAAGCAACCAGGAUGUUAUACUAAUGUUCCAACACAAUGAUUGGGUGUUCUGUUAUUAGUUGCCGCUAAAUUAGUUUAAAGAGCUAUGUUGCUGUUCUCUGCUUAUUACUAAAUGUGGGUGUGUGAUUGGUUAUUAUAUGUUAAACCACAGCUAAAAUGGCCAAGUUGGCUUCUCCCACUACUCUUAUUUUACACGUCUCACUAUAUGAACAGUGCCCUGCAAAAACUUCUUGCACUGUAAUUUCAAAGCCAGGCUAUUACAGUUAUAUAUUCCUACAUAAUAGUGUGCAAAAUCAACCAGGGUUGUCAAGGCAACUGCACUCUUAAUUCUCCUUGUGACAACCCUUCUAUUCCGCCUCCUCCCCCUGGGAUUUUUUUAUUUAUUUCCUUGGGAUUUGACACAGGAAAAUAUUUUAAUAGGUUUAACAUUUGAAAAAGGAAAGAGAGAGAGCAAGAGUGAGAGAUAGAGAUAGAUUAUGGAUAAACCGGGCUAUACUUUCUCUAAAUUAAACCUAAAAGCAUGUGUACAUCAACUUAAUGGGAAUGAAGAUUAGGUGGUAAUGUUUUAGCUUUAGGCACUUGUGGUUGUGUUUAACUUGCAUGUUGGGACUGUUAUAGUGUGUGAUCCUUUGACAUACAUUUCACUGAAGGGCUUGGGUUGAUUAUUAGGCCACCCAGGUGUGUGUGUGUUGUAUCCAUAUGUUGCUUUGAAUGUGUGUAACACAGUGUGAUAAUUAACGUCAAUAUGGAAAAAUGACUUUUCAUGCAUUUUGAGUAUUGGUGCACCUGCAAUUGUAUUUCUGUCUGCACAUCAUGUUGUUUCAAACUGAUUCAUAAGUAAAUUGUAAUUUCAUAUAUUCGAAAAGUAGGCUCCCAGACUUGAUGAAACUAUUAUAAUUCAAAUAAUUCUUGUAAAAGGCCUUUCUGAGCAAAGGCUGUGAUGAAAGAAUUCACCUGACAGUUCAUCUUCAGUUAAAGGGAUAGUUAAUCAGAAUAGAAGUCAGAAUCAGACAGUUUGCUCUUUGUGCAUCAAACAUUCUGGGGCGGUUUGCUACGUACCCUGCCUCAAAGGGACACCCAUCAGUCAACAUGAGUGACAUCUCCAGUGUUCACAUGCAUUCAUGUUCUCCCGUACUCCUCAGUGCAAGGGGAAUGGAUUAGCUGCCACAGAAACACUAAAUGUAAACAAAUGUGAAUCCUCUAACUGGAAUAAAUGUUUGUCUUAAAAAUUUGAUUGGGGCAUGAUCUCUUUAGAUUCAAUGAUGUGCACUCUAUGAGCUUAAAUGCCACAGUUACAGAGUAGGAGUGGAUGAUCUGUGGAAAGGCCACAAGCAGUUUUGCUCCUCUUUCUCUUUUGCAAAUAUAUCUUGUAUUUGAGCUUUAUAUUGUUAACUAAAAGUGAGGGUUGCAUGCAAACACU